AUGUUCACAGAAUUGUUUAACUUAAUUGAUCUUAGAAAUGAGGUAUUGGUUUGCAUAUCAUUAUCCGUCUUUUAUAUUUCAUAUUACCUGCUGGAAGUCGUCAAGAAACCGCUGCUGAUAUGCGGUGAUGGUGAGUUUCGGGACUUGCUGGAGUCGCAAGUCGAAACUCUACGCGAGCCUUUCUGGCCGACACCUUGGUGCGUUGAGGCGCGACUACAGACCGUGCUGGCCUCGCUGCUGCGCUCGCGGCUUCUACCGCCGCUCACCACCACCAGACAAAUCGUGCUGCUGCCGGACGGCGGACAGGUGGCGCUCGACUGGGUCGAAGAGGAAGGGGCCGGGCCGACAGACGGGGCCGCCCCCGUCGUGGUCGUCGUGCCGGGGUUGACUGGAGGGGCCCACGCCGACUACGUACGCUGCGUGGCCGCCGCCGCGAGGGGCCUCGGCGCGCGCUGUGCCGUCUUUAACAACCGCGGACUUGGCGGAUUGCAGCUCACGACCCCGAAGCUGUACUGCGCGCUGUCGCACGAGGAUUUGGCAGCGGCACUCGUGGCGGCGGAGGAGCGCGCGGGAGGCGGGCCGCUGCUGGCGGUCGGCGUGUCGCUCGGCGGUCUCAUUCUGGCGCACCAUCUGGCCUCGCGCGGCGAGACGACUCGGGUGCGCGCCGCGCUAGUUCUGUCGUCGCCGCUGGACGUGGAGCGGGCGGCCGAGUGCCUCGCGCGGCCGGUCAACGCGCCGCUGUCUUGGCACAUGGCGCGCUGCCUACGUCGCACGCUGCGGGCGCACGGCGCGCUGGCCGGGCGCUGGUCGGCGGCUGAGACGAGCCGCUCGGUGCGCGAGUUCGACGCGGCGUUCACGGCGCCACACUUCGGGUUCGCGUCGGUCGAGCAAUACUACCGCGAGGCCAGCCUGCGCGACAAACUGGGGCACGUGCGGGCGCCGCUGCUGUGCGUGUGUGCGGCCGACGACCCGUUCCAGCCGCUGGCGGCGCUGCCGGCGCGCGAGGCGGGCGCGAGCAGUCGCGUGGCGCUGGCCGUCCCGUGGCGCGGGGGCCACAUCGGCUUCCUGGAGCGCUGGUGGCCCUCGAGCGUCGCGCGCGACCACUUCCUGUCUCGGCUGACGCACCAAUACUUCGCCGCGUUGCUGGCCUCGCCGCAUCUGCUGCAUCGGCCCCCUCCGGGACCCGCUUAG